CUUUGCUUAUAAAUAGUUUAUCGUUUUCAACAUGAUGUCUUCUUCUCCUCUCCACACAAACAAAACUAAUCAGAAUCCUAUAUUAGUCUUAAAGAUUUUAGAUAAAAAGCAAGUCAAAUUUUAGAUCGUUGAAACAGUUGCAGCCAAUUUGGACAGCUCAAAUUUGGCUUCCUCAUCAUUAUAUAUCUCUCUCUUCUUGUUUUCUCAUUACCACCUGCGUCAACAACCAACAGAGGCAGAGGAGCAAAUAUAAGAAUGGCGGACUCCGUAUUGGAAAAGGCCACCUCUGCUCUCGGUGCAGCCACAGAAACCGUCACCGCCUCUGUUGAAACCCCUAAAACCGAUGUCUUAAAAGAUGCAGUGGAAAACGUUGUCUCAAGAGGCAUAGAUGGAGCCAAAUCUAUGCUUCACAAUUUGGAGGAGAAGAAAGGUGAAGUCUCCACGAAGAUCGUUGGAGCUGUUUCGCAGUUUGCCGGUAGCGCUUACUCCUCAGCCACAGCCGCAGCAAACCGUGACUUCGCCGUAUCCGCAGACAAUCAGGUGGGAAUCAAAACAACAAAAGAAAACUUCAAAUCAGAUAGACUCUUAUGCUUGUUUCUUUUACAAUUGUAGCCACUCCUAGCGUCCGGUGAGACAGAGACGCCAUGGUGGAAGAGCUGCUGUGAAAUUCUUGAUCUUCUCAAGACAUCAUCAUCAUCAUCUACUAGUUGAAAGAUCUACUAACAGAGAAGAGAUAAAC